UUUGUCCUUUUUAUUUUCAGGAGAAAGCGCGGCGGAGACAAGCACCUCAUCUCCGGAUUUUGGUGGACCGGGGUCCCCAUGUAAGAUGGAACCGCCCUCGGUUACGCCGCCUCCCAUUUCCAGCAACCCCGACGAAUUCAGCGAACAGUGUUGUGCGUCGUCGCCGGAUUUGGGGGGCGCGUCAUCACCCCGGAAAAUCGAACCGCCCUCAACGCCACCACCUUCAACAAGAAUGAACGGGAUGCCGGAGAAAGCGGCCUGCGGAGAAAUCGAACUUGUUCAACCUUUGAUUAAACUUUGGGGUUUGUCACCUGAAUGCGGUGGAAGAAAGGGAGGCGAGGUAAGGGUGAAGGAGGAGCUCGUGUUCGACGGAGGAGGCCCUGCGCCCGCCACGAGUGGUAGUGGCUAUUGGCCUCCUCAGCAACAACAACAACAACAGCCGCAGCAACACCAGGCACAGCAGCAGAACCCUCGGGUGAACGGCGUGAGGCACGAACUGAUCGGAAACGAGAUGAGGCCUCCACAAGCGCCGACACCUAGGCCAGCACCUACGGUCCUCAUGGGGGAAGUCGGCGGUGUGAGGACGAUGGUAUGGUCCCAACCGGCACCCGCUGAACAGCCCACCACUUCCUCAUGGCCUCCUCCCAACCAAGAAGAGACUGCAGCUCAACUACUCCUUACCCUUGGUCAAGAGACGAGCCCGAACACGACAGGCACUCGGGCACUGAACAUGGAGAGACUCUGGGCAGGAGACCUGUCCCAGUUGCCCGGGGCUCAGCAGAUCACCGCGCUCAACCUGUCCUGGGCGAAACAGCAGCCGACCAAGCCGGACGACCACGAGGACGACGAGCAGCCCAUGAUCUGCAUGAUCUGCGAGGACAAGGCGACCGGCCUCCACUACGGAAUCAUCACUUGCGAGGGUUGUAAAGGGUUUUUCAAAAGGACGGUACAAAACAGGAGGGUUUAUACAUGCGUAGCUGACGGUGUUUGUGAAAUAACCAAGGCACAGAGGAACCGGUGUCAGUACUGCAGGUUCAAAAAGUGCAUAGAACAAGGGAUGGUCCUCCAAGCUGUCAGAGAAGACAGGAUGCCUGGAGGAAGGAAUUCCGGAGCCGUUUAUAACUUGUACAAAGUUAAAUACAAAAAGCACAAGAAAUCUGUGCGAAACGGACAGAUUAAAAGUGUGAAUGAGAAAGGAAAGCCAGCCAUAAGUCCAGAACAUAGCAUACCACCACAUCUGGUCAACGGAACCAUUUUAAAGACUGCACUUACCAAUCCCAGUGAAGUUGUCCAUUUAAGACAAAGGUUGGACAAUGCUGUGAGUUCUUCUAGAGAUUGGGCACUACCUAUUGACGCGACACUGUCCAUGAUACAGACUUUAAUAGACUGCGAUGAGUUCCAAGACAUCGCAACCCUAAGAAACCUCGAUGAUCUCUUAGAGCAUAAAUCUGACCUUUCUGACAAGUUGAUGCAGAUCGGUGACUCGAUAGUAUACAAGCUAGUUCAAUGGACCAAGAGAUUACCCUUCUACCUUGAACUCCCAGUUGAGGUUCAUACGAGGCUAUUAACGCACAAAUGGCAUGAGUUGUUGGUUCUCACUACAUCUGCAUAUCAGGCAAUUCAUGGUGCACAUAAGUUGGCUAGUACCGGCUCUGAUGGAACUGAAGCUCACUUCACUCAAGAGGUCUCAAAUAACCUUUGUACGCUGCAGACAUGCCUUACAUCGAUGAUGGGCCGACCAAUCACAAUGGACCAACUGCGGCAGGACGUAGGGCUGAUGGUUGAAAAAAUCACUCAUGUAACGCUCAUGUUCAGACGGAUUAAGCUUACAAUGCAGGAAUACGUCUGUCUAAAAGUCAUUAUUAUGCUUAACCCAGCAAGAGGAGGUUCAAACGAGUUGGAAGCGAUUCAAGAAAGAUACAUGACUUGUUUGAGGACUUAUGUUGAACACAAUUCGCCAAAUAACCCAAACCGAUUUCACGACCUUCUCGUAAGACUGCCAGAGGUCCAGUCCGCUGCAUCGUUACUCCUGGAGAGUAAAAUGUUUUAUGUCCCAUUCCUCCUCAACUCAACAAUCCAGAGGUAGUUGGUGCUAGCAGAACUGAAAUCAAUGCUACUUAGUGUAUCAAUUCUUCAAAUAAAAUUUUAAAGGAAAAACUGAAAGUGCUAACAGACAAAGUUAUAUACAUUUGUAUAUAUUGUGCAUAUAACUGAUUUUUCAUGGGUGGGGAUGGGGGAAGGGGGGCUUGUGCGAAUGUAUUUUUUUGUGGUGUAAACUGACCAAAGUAAUUUUUAAAAAACCAAAAACUCUCAAAGAGUUUUGCCUUAGUCCCCUAUUUUUUUUCCAAGCCGUUGUGAUUUAAUUAGAAAAAAGAAAACAAACAAAAUGCUGAUUCCUAUAAAUAAAAUUGUUACCAUAUGUUAAUGCGCCAUUGUUCUUUUUCUUUUUAAUUUACCAUCAAGUGAGAUGAUCUAGUGAAUCAAGUUGGAAAAUUUCCCGAUUACCCUGAUGCCAUUUUUAUUUUUGAAUUUUAUUGAUUUUAAAAAAAAAAAAAAAAAAAAAAA